GUCACUUCCGGUGUGUUGUAGCGAAGGGAUCUGGUGAGGACAUGCGACAUUAGGAUAUUUGCUUGCACCCGUGUGCGAUAUUAUUAUCUUAUUAGUGAUUGUGACAAGAAAAUGUCUUUUCAAGGUUUCCAAACUGUUGUGAAAGGGGAAGCUUCUGAGACAGAUGAUGAAGAGGAAUUGUAUGUGUCCUCUGUUCCAUCAAGUUCAUUUUCUAGCCUGUGUGGUGUGAAAGUCCAAGGAGAAGCAUCAGAGACAGAUGAUGAUGAUGAGGACCCUGCAGAGAAGAUAAAGCCACCACCUCGUACUAUACCCAAGGACCUCCCACCUCUGGUGGUCAUGAGAGACAUUGGUGAAGAUUCUCCAGUUGGAUUAGAAGAGAAGCCUACAGUUAAUAUUAGGCAACAAGGUCGCUACAGUUCACUGCUGCAGCAGAAACUUCUAGAGAGCAAUGCCCGACUCUAUCAUGAUGUCAACAACGCCAUCAGACAAGUUUAUCACACGGCUACCAGUGAAAUACGGACCUUGACCAGUCAGCUCAGCAACUCCCAAACUGGCAUCAUCAAUGCAUCUCACAGUAUCAGGCUCGCUCUUGAGGACUUGAAAGGGGUUUUGGAAAAGAUUGACAUUAUUACUACCUGCAAUUUGCUUCCAGAUAUUCAGAUUUAAAGGGAUAUGAAACCCAAAAUGUUAUUUUGUGAUUCAGACAGAGCAUACAAUUUAAACAAAAGUUUCCAAUUACUUCUAUUCUAAAAUGUGCCUCCUUUCCAUGAUAUCCUGUGUUAAAGGGACAAUCAACACCAGAAUUUGUCUGUUAUAUUAAUAUACCUUUUACCUCUGUUAUUACCUUGUAUCUAGGCCUCUGCAGACUGCUCCUUAUCUCUGUUAUAUUAAUAUACUUUUUACCUCUGUUAUUACCUUGUAUCUAACCCUCUGCAGAGUGCCCCUUAUCUCAGUUAUAUUAAUAUACAUUUUACAUCUGUGAUUACCUUGUAUCUAAGCCUCUGCAGACUGCUCCUUAUCUCAGUUAUAUUAAUAUACUUUUUACCUCUGUGAUUACCUUGUAUCUAAGCCUCUGCAGACUGCUCCUUAUCUCCGUUAUAUUAAUAUACUUUUUACCUCUGUGAUUAGCUUGUAUCUAAGCCUCUGCAGAGUGCCCCUUAUCUCAGUUAUAUUAAUAUACAUUUUACCUCUGUGAUUGCCUUGUAUCUAAGCCUCUGCAGACUGACCCUUAUCUCAGUUAUAUUAAUAUACUUUUUACUUCUGUGAUUACCCUGUAUCUAACCCUCUGCAGAUUGCUCCUUAUCUCAGUUAUAUUAAUAUACCUUUUACCUCUGUUAUUACCUUGUAUCUUAGCCUCUGCAGAGUGCCCCUUAUCUCAGUUAUAUUAAUAUACAUUUUACCUCUGUGAUUGCCUUGUAUCUAAGCCUCUGCAGACUGACCCUUAUCUCAGUUAUAUUAAUAUACUUUGUACCUCUGUGAUUGCCUUGUAUCUAAGCCUCUGCAGACUGCCCCUUAUCUCAGUUAUAGUAAUAUACUUUACCUCUGUGAUUACCUUGUAUCUAAGCCUCUGCUGACUGCCCCUUAUCUCAGUUAUAUUAAUAUACUUUUUACCUCUGUGAUUAUCUUGUAUCUAAGCCUCUGCAAGUUCUUUUGACAGACUUGCAUUUUAGCCAAUCAGUGCUGACUCCCUAGGUAACUCCACGUGCGUGAGCACAAUGUUACCUAUAUGGCACACAUGAAAUAACACCCUCUAGUUGAGAGAAACUGUCAAAUGCAUUCAGAUAACAGGCGGCCUUCAAGCUCUAAGACAUUAGCAUAUGAACCUCCUAGGCUUAGCUUUCAACUAAGAAUACCAAGAGAACAAAGCAAAAUAUGGUGAUAAAAGUAAAUGGGGAGCGUUGUUUAAAAUGACUGCCCUAUCUGAAUCAUGAAAGUUUUUUUGGACUUGACUGUCCCUUUUAAAGGGAUACCUAAGUAGUUGUCUGGAGGACUACAUGGCCGGAAGUAGUGCUGUCAUCUACUGCUCUUGCAUAUGGAUAACAUUCUUGUAACACUGCUGCCUUAUAGUGAUCCAGACACGUGCACACUCCUGAGCUUUUUUUUCUUCAAAUACAAGAGAAUGAAGAUUAUUUGAUAACGGAAACAUUUUGGGUUUCAUGUCCCUUUAAGUUCCCCAGUACCACAUAGGGGAGAGCGCAACAAAUUUGGAUAAAAUGUAGAAGCCUGCUAAUAAUUUAGGACAUGUUUGUUUUCAGGGUGCCUGGGGGGUACGUGUGGUUAUAACAGAUCCAGACAUGUUUAUUUUCAGGGUGCCUGGGGGGUACGUGUGGUUAGAACAGAGCCAGACAUGUUUAUUUUCAGGGUGCCUGGGGGGUACGUGUGGUUAUUACAGAGCCAGACAUGUUUGUUUUCAGGGUGCCUGGGGGGUACGUGUGGUUAGAACAGAGCCAGACAUGUUUGUUUUCAGGGUGCCUGG